AUGUCUAUCUUCGAUUUAGAAACCGAUGAUCAAAUUAAGGAAUUUAUGCAAGGUGAAGGAAAAAAUAUUAGAAAACCGUAUGUGGAAUUAAGUCACCGUAUUCCAAACUUCUCUUCUAAACAAUUAUGUAAUAGGUGGAAUUAUAAACUUAAUCCUCGCCUCAACCUCUCUACUACAAAUAUAACAAUUGCCUUCUCUAAUGUCCCUAUUCUUCGAUCACGUCCUCGUUUACCAACACUAAUUCCUAAUUAUCUAUCAGAAAUUAAUAUUCCGUCUUCUGACGAAAUUACAAGUCGUACAAAUCAGUCAAAAAUUUGA